AGUGCAGUUCGUUUUCAUCACAACAACUUGGUAAGAGUGGGAUUCUCUCUAUCUCUCCCCCCCUCCCACGCCACCCCCACGCCCUAGCCCCUAGCCCCCUCUCAUUCUCUCUCAAUAUAUGUGAGGCUUAGGCUCUUACCCUCAUUUUUCCCUUUUACCCCUCUUUCUCCUCCCCAUUUUUGCGUGCAUUUUCCCCCAAACCCAGAACAGAAAAAACAGCAAAGCAAACACAAAUACACCAAAAACACACACAAAAAAAUAAAUACAAAAAACCCAUUUUCUCAAACCCUAUAAUUCAUCAUAUAGACACAAAUAGAAACUCAAAAAAACAAGAAUUUGGGGUUCGAAAAUCCAUUCUUGAUUUGUGUAUUUGUUGUUAAUCUUGAUUAUCUUGAGAUCUUAUUCCUCAUAAAAAGGGUUUUUCGAUAUCGGAUCAGCUACAGAGCGCAAGCUUCAAGUGAUUGUGGAUUUGAUCAGCCUAUUGGAAGUUUGUGAGUGUUGAAUUGAGCUUUUUGUUGAGGAAUUUAUAGCCUGGGAUCGUGGCGAAAAUGUGGUAUUUGGGAAUUGAAUGAUAGAGAGUAGGGCAUGGAAGAGGAUUGUAUGUACUAUUACUAGAAAUGAGAAACUACCGACAUAGUUCUUGAAAAGCUUUUGUGGCACUUAACAACUUGAGUUAUUGCGGUUUUUCGUGUUAUAACUCCGUCAUCUUAGAUUUGGAAGGAGUUUCAGAUUACUCUUUUAUCACAUUGGGAUAAUUGAAGUGAAGAGCUAGUUAAAUUAAGUUGUUUUUUGCUGUUGGUUGGUUUCUGGAUUGAUUGAGUUAAAGGAUUAAAUGGAGGUGCAUUGAAGCUGGAAAGUAAUGUGGGGUCAUGGUGAAUGGACAGAAGUCUAGUUGCUUGUUACUGGAACACUGCUGUGAGAAAGUAACCGAAAGACACUGUUUCCGCAACAGCGCCUUUUUAACUCAGUGUAGAAUUCUGUGCCAUGUCUCGUUGCUUUCCAUUUCCACCACCGGGAUAUGAAAAGAAGCACCCUAGACCAGAGGACCGUGACUUGUUAAAAGAGGAGAAACGUAAAGAGAAAAAACAUAAAAGGGAGAAGGACAAAGAUAAGAAAGAAGGUAAAGAAAAAAGGGAUAAAGAAAGAAGUGAUGGGAAACGCAGAGAAAAGAAAGACAAAAAAGACAAACACCGGGACAAGAAGGAAAAACGUAAGGACAAAAAGAAGGACAAGGAUAAAGAGAAAAGCGACCUCUCCGAAGAGGCAAAAGUUGCUGGUGUACCUGGGGCUUCUAGCGGAGAGAAGCUUCCUAGUGGAGAUGAACAUUUCAAAAAUGAAAGCAUCAACUCACAGGAAGCAAAAUUCCACGAGCAAUCUCAUGUCCAGCAUGCAGAAAAUCUCUUUAAAUCCAGCCUUCCCGCUGUUGAGACAGAGGAGUCUAAAUUUGUGCAGGAGUUGGCUCGGAGGAUUAGAGAUGAAGAAAAGGGCGCAGUCAGUCAGUUGGCUGAGAGAUUUCCAGUUGAGUCGAAUAGGAAUGAAAAGACAAACAAUAUGUACAUCAAGGAUUCGGGUAAUUCGGCUAAAGAAAAGGAUAAGAACAAGGAAAGAAGUGCUUUUAGCAACAAGAUGGAUGGGCAACAAGUCAGAGUUGAACCGAGAAUUGGUGCUAAUGCAAGACUUCUGAGCUUUUCAGAGGUGGCAAACAGCAAAUUUCAUGGAUCACUGCCGCCACGGGAAGAGAAAGUUGAGCACAGGAGGGAGGAAAAAGAGAAAUCCAAAGAAAGACGAGAUGACAAACCAAGAGACAAGAAGAAUAAAGAAAAGGAUGCGAAAAGUCAUGGAAAGGACAAAGAGAAGAAAAAGGAAGAGAAGGGGAAGGAUAGAAGUGCACACAAGAAAAGUGAACCGGAUAAAUCAAGAGACAUGACUAAGAGCAAUUUUGUUGGUGUUAGUAACACCAACCACCAAAUUCCGCCCGUACUCAAGGAUACCAUUGCUGGAGUCACCAAGGGAAAUCACAGAAAAAGAAAGGAUAUUGAAACAAAUGGCUUCCUGCAUGAGAGUGAAGUCAGGCCUGCUAAAUUGCUGCGGCCCUUAUCCUCUCAUCAGCCCACACUGAAUGGAAAGAGAUUGGAGACUCACCAAAAAGCAGACUUGUUUUCUUCCAACAAACAAGGUGUUGCUACCGAUACUCAUGUGAUAAACAAGGAGCGGAGUCUCAAUGGUACAGUCAAGUUACCCAACAAGCACGGAGUUGGCACUGAUAUUGAGAUGGGAAACAAGGAGCGUGGGGUCAAUGGUACCAUUAACUUACCCAACAAGCAAGGAGUUGCCACUGAUAUUUUGGUGGGAAACAAAGAACGCGGGAUCAAUGGUACAAUUAAAGGUCAGCCAUUGGCUAUGUCUAAGCGGAAGACUUCUUCCAUGUCUCCUGGUGCUGAUCAGAUAGCUGAAGCGUCUAAAAGACCUCAUCCCGAUUCCAAGUAUCUAAACCAGAUACUCUCAGUUCCAAAGAUGGACGAGGGGUACAAGCACGGAGUUGCCACUGAUAUUGAGGUGGGAAACAAAGAACGUGGGGCAAAUGGUACAAUUGGAGGUCAGCCAUUAACUAUGUCUAAGCCAAAGACGUUGGCUCUACCUAAACUGAAGGCUUCUUCCGUGUCUCCUGGUGCCGAUGAGAUUGCUGAAGCGUCUAAAAGACCUCCUCAUCCCGAUUCCAAGUAUCUGAACCAGAUACUCUCAGUUCCAAAGAUGGAGGAAUGGUCUGGAUUCGAUGACCAGGAAUGGUUGUUUGGAAGCAAGAGUACUCCGGUUAGGAAGCCCAUCGCCUGUCCUGAUGAAGUUAAGGACCAUCGGGUAUGGUCAGAAGCUUUGCAAAUAGACUCCGCUGAUGUUUGUGCUCUCCCAUACGUAAUACCUUAUUGAUUUCUGUCGACAUGAUCUAAUACGGUGAGUUUCCAAUUACCAAGCUCUAUCGGCUAUGCAAGGACCCCAAGUAUUUUGACUCGGAUAUGUCUAUGCUGGGCUCUCGGUUGGAUUCUUUCUCAUGUUCCUGCUCUGGUGGUUGUCUGACUUGCUGCAUAACAUCCAUCACCAUUACCGUUUCCUCGGAGAGGUGAUCUGGAGGGGCCAUGCCAUGUACUUGAAUAUAUCUAACUGUUACAUUCCCAUAUGAACCCAACCAGUGUGUCUAGGAAGUUGCAUGCAUGCCAUUCUAAUUUGUGAGUGUAAAUGAACUAGUAUUUGUGGUCAUUACAACACACAAGUUUUGAUCUUUGUAAUAUAGAACUCUGCUACAAUUUGUAAGAUAGAUGGGGGGGAAAUGACAAAAAAAAAAAAAAAAAAAAAAAGAAAAAAAAAGAAAAGAGGUAGCAGCUGAAUUCAUUUUAGUUUAUUUACUUGGAUCCUAUUUUUGUCCAUAAUCCAAUUUCACUUCCUGAUAA